AUGCCCCGUCGACCCUCGCCCAUCCGCAGGCGCGUCCAGACCUUCAUCAAGCGCCUGUCCGGCGGCAGCUUCCACGCCUCCGACAACGGCGUUGACGAAGAAGAAAACCCCUUCGCUGAUCCCGUCAACCCCUUUACUGACCCCCCUACCAUCACCGAGCUCGUCGAAGCUGAGCUUGUGGUUUUUACGCAUAUUGUCACGGACCUCUACAACCGGCCUCACCACACUACGGUGCCCGACCUUACCGCAGAGCUGGAUCUACGCUUAGACCUGUUGAAGAGGGGUGGGAAGAGCAAGGAUAGAAUUGCGAAGAUGCUGAGGAAGGAGAUGGUUGGCAGCGGGCUGAGGGCGAGGAUUGAUGUACAGAGACAUAGGUUUAAGGAUGCAAAUGACCACGAUUUGGUGUUGAGGUUGGAGACUGUGGGUUUUCUCUGA